UUUCGCGCCACUUGGUUCGCGGUGGAUUGUGGGAACGGAAGAGCGGAGGAUUCGGACGCUGUUGUGAUUGUGGCGAGCUGGAACUAUUUAGCUUCAUCAGACGAGGUUUUAAUUCGUAUUUUGAACGUAAUUAUUUACUAAUGCGGGGGGACGAGUCCGACUCGGAUUCGGGGAGAAUGGACGAAAGUUCCGUCCGAACCAGUUUGGACGCGCUCUGCCAGGAACUUAAUAUGGACGAGGAGACCGCGACUGAAGCCAUGCAAAACUUCGCAGCCAUAUGGAAUACAUACACCCUGGAGGGAGAGGUGGUCCACUGGCUGGCGUGUGCGCUGUACGCAGCCUGCAGGAAGAACUGCACUCCCACUGUGGGUCAGGGCUUGAUGGAGGGGAACUGUGUGUCUCUCACCCGCAUCCUCCGGACUGCCAAACUCAGUCUGCUGCAGUUCUUCAGUAAGAUGCAGAAAUGGCUGGAGAUGACCAGCCUGCCUCAGGACUUCAGGCUGCGCGUAGGCAGGCUGGAGCGCAACUUCGAGGUUUCCACGGUGAUCUUCAGGAAGUUUGAGCCCAUCUUCAUGGACAUGUUCCAGAACCCCCAGGGAGAGCCCACACGCCAGCCCCGCAGCAGGAAACACAGACGGCAGCCGUGUCAUGUGAGUGACGUGUUUCGCUUCUGCUGGACUCUGUUCGUCUACACGAAAGGGAACUUCAGGAUGAUAGGUGAUGACCUGGUGAACUCAUAUCAUCUGCUGCUCUGCUGUCUGGACCUGGUGUUCAACAACGCUCUGCUCUGCUCCAACAGCAAAGACCUCAUCAACCCUCUCUUCAGAGGGCUGCCGGGCGUGUGCAGCGAGAGCCAGGCCCCAGGCCUGCAGGGGGGUGUGAUGGAGGCUGGUCCUGGGAUGGAGCCUCCCAGCGUGAUGGAGGCUGGUCCUGGGAUGGAGCCUCCCAGCGUGAUGGAGGCUGGUCCUGGGAUGGAGCCUCCCAGCGUGAUGGAGCGGCUGUGUGAGUUACAUGACGGGCUCGUGAUGGAAGCCAAGGGGAUCCGGGAACAUUACUUCAAACCCUACAUCACACGGCUGUACCAGAGAGGGAUCCUGCAGGGGAAUGAGGAACAGCUGACACAGCUGCUGGAUCCACCCAACUUCACAGACAACAAUAAGUCGGUGAAUAGGGAGUAUGAGGAGUACGUAUUGACUGUGGGGGACUUUGACGAGCGAGUGUUUCUGGGCACCGACGCCGAUGAAGAAAUCGGAACCCCUCGCAAGACCGGCCCCGCCCCCAGCCCCGCCCACGGACAGCUGUCUGCUCGCAAGCAGGUGGAGAGCAACCUGCAGCAGCACUUUGACAAGACCGGCUCUCUGGCGCCCUCUACCCCCCUGACGGGGCGGCGCUACCUGAAAGAGAAGGAGCAGCUGGUGACGCCCGUGUCCUCAGCCACGCAGAGUGUCAGCAGGCUGCAGAGCAUGGUGGCCGGCCUGCGGCCCGCGCCCAGCCCCGCCCUCAUCAACAUAUGCAGGUCCUGCUCCAGAGACCCUCUAGAGAACGUCCAGACCAGAAUAAAGACGCUCGGAGACGCCUUCAAACAGCACUACACACACGACACACACCUGCUGCCUGGAUCACACAUGGACUUUGCGGAGAAGCGUCUGCGCCUGGGGGAGAUCCUGUACUACAAGGUCCUGGAGAACGUCAUGCUGCAGGAGACGCGCAGGCUCCACGGCAAGGACAUGGCUGUUCUGCUGGAGCAGGACAUGUUCCACUGCUCUCUGCUGGCCUGCUGCCUGGAGGUAGUGCUGUUCUCCUACAGCUCCCCCAGAACCUUCCCCUGGAUCAUCAGCAUCUUCAAGCUGCCUGCUUUCUACUUCUUCAAGGUGAUUGAGGUGUUCAUCAGGGCGGAGGAGGGUCUGUCCAGGGACAUGGUGAAGCAUCUGAACUCUGUGGAGGAGCAGGUGCUGGAGAGCAGAGCCUGGACCGCCUCCUCCGCCCUCUGGGGGGCGCUGCAGGCCGACGGCAACAAGGUCCCUACCGUGGAGGAGGUAAACUUCCCGGGCAGCUUUGACACGGGCUGCGGCAGUUCUGGCCCCGCCCACCUGCCCCUGGUCGCCCUGUCCCCCAUCGUCCACCCGCGCAUACGAGAGUUCCGCUCCGCCCUGGGCAGCGCCCGCAAAGACGUCCCCCCCUCCCCUCUCUCCGUCCAUGACCGCUACAGCUCGCCUGCGGCCGGCAGCGCCAAGAGACGGCUGUUUGGGGACGAGCCCCCCCCCAGGCCCCCGGGGCACCUGGCCCCCCCUGCCCACAGCCCCCUGGCCCCCCCUGCCCACAGCCCCCUGGCCUCCCCUGCUAAGAGGCUGAGCUUCAGCCCCGGGGCCAUGCUGAAGAUAGACAGCCCCACCCUGCUCAUGUCCUCUCCCAACAGCCAGACGCUCACCUUCCCCCUGCAAGGUUUAAAGACCAACGGAGGUGGAAUCACACUGAUCCAGUCUGGCCCAAUCACGGCUCAGAUCCUGCUGACCGCCUCCCCCAGCCACCCAAGCCCCGCCCCCCAGCCAAGCGCUACGCGUCCAAGACGCACCGGGUCCCUAGCGCUGUUCUUCAGGAAGGUGUACCACCUGGCCAGUGUGCGUCUGAGAGACCUGUGUGUGAAGCUGGACAUCUCCCCGGAGCUGAGGGGGAAGAUCUGGACCUGCUUCGAGCACUCCCUGGUCCACUGCUCCUCCCUCAUGAGGGACCGACACCUGGACCAGAUCCUGCUCUCCGCCGUCUACAUCAUCUCCAAGAUCACCAAAGAGCCUCACACCUUCCAGGAUAUCAUGAAGUGCUACCGUAGCCAACCACAGGCCAGCAGUCAGGUGUAUCGUAGUGUACUGCUUUGUCACAAAGAGAAACCUGACGAGCACAUGGAAGUGGAACCCACGACAGGAGUCACAGAGAAAGCCAAUCAGGAGAACCGAGAGGAGUGUCCCAGCCAAUCAGAGGAGGAGCGUGGUGACCUCAUCCAGUUCUAUAACACCAUCUACGUUCUGAAGAUGAAGAGCUUCGCCCUGCGCUAUGCCACACUUGGCAACGACUCCAGGAUGGAGGCCCCUCCCCCUCUGUCUCCGUUCCCGUCCGUGCGAGCCCAGCCCCUCUCCCCCCGCCGGGUCUCCCAGAAGCACACCCUCUACGUCUCCCCCCACAAGCCUCCCCACUGCCCCCCCCCCUCCUCCGCCUACACCUACCGCAUCAACGGCAGUCCCUCCAAGGAGCUGAGUGACAUUAACAGGAUGAUCCGUCAGGGGGGCGGGGCCCAGGGGGGUGUGGCCCCGCCCAGCAGGAAGAGGGCGUUCUCUAUGGAAGGCGACUACGCGGACGCGUCCCCCUCCAAGCGAGCGUGUGACAGCAGCGAGGACGUGUUGCUACGACGACUGCAGGACGUGGUGUCUGAGAGGAAGCACCACUGAGGGGUGUGUGUGGGGGCGGGGGGUGGAUGUGUGUGUGUGUGUGUGUAUAUGUGUGUGUACCGGGGGAUGGGGGGGCAGGCAAUGUUCUGUACAGUUCUCUAGAUGUGUAGUAUCUACACAGGUUAUUUUAUGGUGUGUCUGUGAGAGAGAGAGAUCAUGUGAACACAGUUCAUAUGGAAGGUAUCAGUGUUAUAAUCACAUAUCCACUAUACACGUCUGGCCACUAACCAACCAGACAAGGGUUCCUCUGUAACUAAUUACAAUCACUCACUUUUGAACAAUAAAACUGCCCAUACAA